CAUUCACUCUGCAGGCUAAAAUGUUUAAAGUUUUAUAAAUUAUCCCGUUGUCAUCCGGGUAUUUACCCUAAGCGGACGGUAAUGAUUACGUUCAGAUUCGUCUGGAGUGAAACGGAGAGAUGUGUCAGUAUUUGGACUUUUACAGGAACUGCUGGUCAUAAAGUGAAGUAACGGUAGAUUGUGGCCAGAGGCAGCAUCGUUUUUCCUGGCUGCUUUUUUUUUCCAGGGAACGGGUCGGUCCAUCCGGUGAGAGACUCGGGAACCGGUUACGGGGUCAAUAACGAAAUAACUAACCCACUCAGAGAGGCUGCAGGGAGAAUGAAGAGCAUCCUUCCUCUGCAGGACAUCUCACUGUGUUAACCAGAACCAGAACCAGAGGAGACAGCCCAGCCAUGGAGGAGGACGAGGAGGAGAAGAUGAGCAGCAUGGAGGACCUGCUGGACCUGGUUCUGCAGAAAGACCUUGGCCGGCGGCUGCAGGUGGGGCCGGAGAUCACCGAGCUGGUACUCCACCCGGACCGCUGUCCCGGGCUGGACCAGGACCAGAACCUGCUGGACAGGAUGGUGGAUGCCCUGGCCAGCUCCUGGGUCAACUCCAGCAACUACAAGGUGGUUCUGCUGGGCAUGGAGGUUCUGUCGGCUCUGGUGGACCGGCUGCAGGAGAGGUUCAGGACUCAGGUGGGAACAGUCCUGCCCAGCCUGAUGGACCGGCUGGGCGACUCUAAGGACCAGGUGCGGGAGCAGGACCAGGCGCUGCUGCUGAAGGUCAUGGACCAGUCGGCCAACCCUCAGUACGUCUGGGAGCGCAUGAUGGGAGGAUUCAAGCACAAGAACACCCGGACCAGAGAGGGGCUCUGCCUCUGCCUCAUCUCCACCCUCAACGUGUUUGGCUCUCAGAGUUUGACGCUGAAUAAAAUCGUUCCUCACAUCUGCAACCUGCUGGGAGACCCGACCAGUCAGGUCCGUGAUGCAGCCAUGUCCUGCCUUGUGGAGAUCUACCGCCAUGUUGGAGAGCGAGUGAGAAUCGACCUGGGGAAGAAAGGGCUGCCUCAGUCACGGCUCAACAUGAUCUUCAGUAAGUUCGAUGAGGUCCAGAGGUCGGGGAACAUGGUGCUGUCUCCUCUGUCAGAUAAAACCUUUGAGGACGAUGAAUCGGUGGACGGCGGACGUUCCUCGUCCAAAGCAGCCUCUGUGUCUGGGAGGAAGGCGGUGAGCAUGGGCUCGUUCCGACGGCCGUCCUCGACUUCCAGCAGCAAGUCUGCAGGGCGGGACGGAUCGAGUGCAGGAGCUGUGGAUGAGGAGGAUUUCAUCCAGGCCUUUGAGGACGUUUCCACAGUUCAGAUCUACUCCAACCGGGAGGUGGAGGAGGCCAUGACCAAGAUCCGGGACGUGCUGUCGGAUGAUAAGAAGGACUGGGAGCUGAGAGUGGCCGCUCUGAAGAAGCUUCGCUCACUGCUGCUGGCCGGAGCGCCGGAGUUUGACUGCUUCCUGCAGCAGCUGCGGCUCCUGGAGGCUUCCUUCAAGCUGUCCGCCAAAGACCUGCGGUCUCAAGUGGUCAGGGAGGCCUGCAUCACGCUGGGCCACCUGUCGGCGGUGCUGGGCAGCCGCUUCGACCACGCCGCCGAGGCCAUCCUGCCACCCCUCCUCAACCUGGUGCCCAACAGUGCCAAAGUCAUGGCCACGUCGGGCGUGGCUGCCAUCCGCCUCAUCCUCAGACACACUCACUGUCCUCGCCUCGUCCCCAUCAUCAGCAGCAGCUGCUCCUCCAAGUCUGUGGGUGUCAGAAGACGCUGCUUUGAGUUUGUGGACCUGAUGCUGCAGGAGUGGCAGACCAGCAGCCUGGACAGACAUGGAGCGUUGCUAAUGGAGACGAUAAAGAAGGGGAUCCAUGAUGCUGAUGCUGAAGCUCGAUCUGUGGCUAGGAAGUGCUACUGGAGCUACCAGGGUCACUUCAGCCGGGAGGCGGAGCUUCUGUUCCAGGGCCUGGAGUCGGCCUAUCAGAGAGCUCUGCAGGCCCACCUGCGGAGUGGAGACGCCCUGGUGUCGCUGCCGGCCUCCGACCGCUCCUCGUCCUCGUCUCAGGAGAGCCUGAACCGGCCACUGGCGAUGAAGAGUUCAGCAGGAAGCAGCAGCAGAGGUCAGAACCAAGCCGGCGCCCCCCGCAGGCCUGGAGCUGCCUCGUCUCCAGGCGCUCUGCAGCGUUCCCGCAGCGACGUCGACGUCAACGCCAGCGCCAGCGCCCGCAGCAGGAUGCCCGCCGUCAGCGCCGCCGCCGCGCCGCCGUCUCCCUUCAGCGCCGCCGCCGCUCUUCCCCCAGGAUCCUACGCUUCGCUCGGGCGAGUCCGGACCAGGAGGACAAGCGCCGGAGCCGGUCCCACGGCGACGGAUGGCCGGAGCCGAGGGAAGGUCGUCUCUCAGUCCCAGCCUGGCAGCCGCUCCGGUUCUCCAGGCCGCCUGCUCAGCUCCACGUAUGGCCGGAUCCCGAGGCCCGCCGCAGGCAGCAACGGCGCCCCCUGCAGCGUGAGCGACAAGACGCGACCCCGAGGUCACCGCAGCCAGGGCUGCAGCCGAGAGACCAGUCCGUCCAGAACCGCAGCCGCCCGGAGUCGGAUCCCUCGACCCAGCAUGAGUCAGGGCUGCAGCCGGGAAACCAGUCGCGAGAGCAGCCGCGACACCAGCCCCGCCAGGGGCUUUUCCCCGCUGGCCAGCCGGCCUCAUUCCCGUUCCACCAGCGCCCUGUCCUCUGCAGAGGGCUGCUCAGACCGGCUGGCCCAUCAGGCCCGGAUCUCAGCCUCCGUCAACGCCAUGCGGGUCCUGAACACGGGCACCGAGGUGGAGGCGGCCGUGGCCGACGCUCUGCUGUUGGGAGACUCCAGGAGUAGUAAGCGGCGGCCCGUCCGGCGGCGCUUCGAGUCGCCUGGUAUCUACUCAGACGAUGAUGCCAACAGCGACGCCUCCAGCGCCUGCUCCGAGCGCUCCUUCAGCUCCAGGAACGGUGGCGCCGGGCCCCACUUCCUGCGGCAGACGGAGGACGUGGCGGAGGUCCUGAACCACUGCGCCAGCUCCAACUGGUCGGAGAGGAAGGAGGGCCUGCUGGGCCUGCAGAACCUGCUGAAGGGCCAGAGGAUGCUCAGCCGUGUGGAGCUGAAGCGACUCUGUGAGAUCUUCACAAGAAUGUUUGCAGACCCGCACAGCAAGAGAGUGUUCAGCAUGUUCCUGGAGACGCUGGUGGACUUCAUCGUCCUGCACCGGGAUGACCUGCAGGACUGGCUCUUCGUCCUGCUCACUCAGCUGCUGAAGAAGAUGGGCGCCGACCUGCUGGGCUCGGUCCAGGCCAAGGUCCAGAAGGCUCUGGACGUCACCAGGGAGUCGUUCCCGCUGGAGCUGCAGUUCAACAUCCUGAUGAGGUUCAUCGUGGAUCAGACCCAGACGCCCAACCUGAAGGUGAAGGUGGCCAUCCUGCGCUACAUUGAGGCUCUGGCCCGGCAGAUGGACCCGGCCGACUUCGUCAACUCCAGCGAGACGCGCCUCGCCGUCUCACGCAUCAUCACCUGGACCACCGAGCCCAAGAGCGCCGACGUCCGCAAGACGCUCCACACCUGGGCAGGUGAGGAUCGAAGCUCCACCGCCUCUCUGCCCCGGGAGGGGCAUCUGGAGGAGAGGUGCAAGCAGGCGGCCCAGGUGGUUCUGAUCGCCCUGUUUGAGCUCAACACCCCAGAGUUCACCAUGCUGCUGGGAGCGCUGCCCAAAACCUUCCAGGACGGAACCACCAAGCUGCUGCACAGCCACCUGAGGAGCGCCAGCGCCGGCAUCGCCAUGGCGGCUCCAGGCGACUCGGCCGGCCGGACGCCCCCCCGGCCCCCCGGCAGCCGCAGCAGCCCACUGACCUCGCCCACCAACCACGGCGGCCUCUCCCCCAGUCGGCUGUGGGGCUGGAGCGCCGAUGGCCUCUCCAAAUACCCCCCUCUUCCUCCCUUCCCCUCCCCUCUCCCUCCCUCUGCCUCCCUCAAGGCCUUACGGCGAGCGUACUCUCCCAGCAUGCUGGAGUACGACAGUGAGAACCUGAACACUGAGGAUCUGUACUGCUCCCUGCGCGGCGUCUCUGAGGCCAUCCAGAACUUCAGCUUCCGCAGCCAGGAGGAGCUGGUGGAGCCGCUGCGGCGGGACGGGAAGCAGGAUGGAACGGCCGGCGUGGUGACGGCGUCGUCGGACCCAGAGCGUCGGUUCUAUGGCAACGUGACGGAGGGCGGCCGGACGGCUCUGGACAACAAGACGUCGCUGCUGAACACGCCUUCGCCUCGCUCGUUUUCUGGGCCGCGCUUCAGGGAGUACAACCCCUACAACUACACAGACGGCCCGCCGGAGAAGCCCGGCCCGGAGGACGGCGCCGAGCCGCAGAGAGACGGCCGUCGACAGGAGUGCGGAGAAAACAAGACGCAGAACACUAAAAGCUUUCCAGCCGGGUCGGCGGAGCAGCUGGAGCUGGUGGGGGAGCUGCUGAAGGAGCUGUCCCAGGCCGGGGACCAGGAGGACAGGCGGGGGACGCUGCUGGAGCUGCUGAAGGUGGCCCGAGAGGACAGCCUGCUGGUGUGGGACGAACACUUCAAGACCAUGCUGCUGCUGCUGCUGGAGACGCUGGGGGACAAAGACCACUCGGUCCGGGCGCUGGCUCUCCGGGUUCUGAAGGAGAUCCUGCGGAACCAGCCGGCCCGGUUCAAGAACUACGCAGAGCUGACCAUCAUGAAGACGCUGGAGGCUCACAAGGAUUCUCACAAAGAGGUGGUGCGUGCGGCCGAGGAGGCGGCCUCCGCCCUGGCCGGCUCCAUCCACCCGGAGCAGUGCAUCAAGGUGCUGUGCCCCAUCGUCCAGACCACCGACUACCCCGUCAACCUGGCGGCCAUCAAGAUGCAGACUCGCGCGGUGGAGCGCGUCUGCAGGGAGCCGCUGCUGCAGCUGCUGCCGGACGUCAUCCCCGGCCUGCUGCAGGGCUACGACAACACGGAGAGCAGCGUCCGCAAGGCCAGCGUCUUCUGCCUGGUGGCCGUCUACGCCGUCAUCGGAGAGGAGCUCAAACCCUACCUGUCCCAGCUGACCGGCAGCAAGAUGAAGCUGCUGAAUCUCUACAUCAAGAGAGCUCAGACCUCCACCAGCAACAGCAGCAGCUCCUCCGACAUCUCCUCCUACUGACCCCCACCUCCUCCUGCUGCACCCCGCGGAGCUCCACCUCCACCAGCCUCCAGCCUUAGGAAGAGGAGGAGCUUUAAGGAUGAAUGUAGAGAUCUUCACUGCUGAUCAUCUGGCUGGCCAAUGGCGGGAGAAACCUGCAGGAUGUCACUUCCUGUGGGACUUUCAUCACUUCCUUCUUAAAGCCUCACCUGUCCUUGUUCUGUUGACCAAAACCACGUCUCUGACUUCCUGCUGCAGGUUUUCGGUUUUAGAACAGAAUCUGUCGUCGUAUUAUAACAGUUAACGUGUCGGCAAGGAUAUAGACCUUUAAGACUUUAAAUUAGUGGGCGGAGCCAAUCAGAACUGAUUUUAAUUCAGUGGGCGGAGCCAAUCAUAACUGGUAUUAAAGUGGUGGGCGGAGCCAAUCAGAACUGGUUUUAAAGUGGUGGGCGGAGCCAAUCAGAACUGGUUUUAAAGUGGUGGGCGGAGCCAAUCAGAACUGGUUUUAAUUCAGUGGGCGGAGCCAAUCAGAGCAGGAGGCGGAGUCUCUAUGACAACCAGAGAUGUUUCAGUUGUGACCACGUUGGAUCCUGAAAUGCUUCGGUUUUGAUUUUUUUUAGUGCAAAUUUACCAAUUAAUUAUUGAUUAAUGAUUCCACGCCUGUCAAUAUUGUGUUUCCAUGGAGACGCAGCUGAUGGCUGAUCCACAGUUGUUCAACUAUGCAUGAGCUGGAUGAAGGUCCUGAGGAAGACUACUGCUGGUCCCUCAGCGCAACACUGAACUAUAGCUGCCAAUAAUCAGUAUUGGGAUUUAAAUAUUGAUCAUCAGCAGAGGAGCCGCUUUUCAGAAUGUGAACAUUUUGAUCGAUCGACCAGCAGCCAAUCAGACUCAACCUGAGAGAUGGACCGACCAAUCAGUUGAGCUUCCCCCUGAUUGGACGUUGUUCACCAAUCGGUGUGAAGUCUGGACUUUAGCAAUAAUCAGAAACUCAGUGGGUUUCCUCAUCAGCACACUGGAUGGUUUAACUACUGCUUCCACCGGGAGGCGCCGCUGUUUACCUUAGUACUAUUAUUAUUGCUAUUAAUAUUAUUACUAUUAUUAUUGUUUUAGCUCUGCUGUUUAUUGACGGGACGGCAGCAGCACCAGAAUAAAUCUGUCAGAAUAUGAACACCUCAGAAGAAAAAGAACUAGUUCACUUAUCUGAUGUAGUUCAUUCCUUGUAGUUCAGAAGUAGAACUGACGUUUUAAAUUAAUUUUUGCAUUUCAAAAUUCUUAAACUUAAAGUAAGCUUCUUUUUGGGAAUAUUUCUUGUUUUUUCUUCCUCACUAAAUGUAAUUAUUUAAAGAUUUUAUUUUUAUUUUUGGUUUUAUUUUCGAUAUUUUCCAGGUUUUCCACUGACACAGCGCCACCUGCUGGCAGCAAAUCAUCUUUUAAUCUUAAGCAAAAUAAAUCAGAAAAAAUUUGAGAAAUAGUUCAGUAAGUUAGAAAUGUGAACAAGUUUUCCAUGGAUUUAUUUUGUGUAAGUUUUUGCUUUUUGAUGGUUUAAUUGUAUUUCCAACCGGUGCUGAGCUCCGCCGGUGUGGCCUAGUCAAAGUCCAGUCUCUGCAGCUGUUUCUCAUUUGUUUCACGCCGAGUUGACUCAUAAUGUUUAGUUCUGAAUUGGACCUGGAUCAGGACGGAGUCUAGACGCCAAGCAGCGGGCUGCUUCCUGCUUUCCUUCCAGAACCGUUUGGACCUUUCAGAACCUUCGGUCUGAUUCAGUUCCUGGUUCUCCCUCCAGAACCAGCCUGUUGUUGUUAGCGUGUGCCUUUGGGUCGACUCUCCUUAACUGAACCGUUGCUAACCUUUGCUAAUGCUAAGCUGCUGCUUUAAGGUGGACUGAAACAUGGAGCUGCUGUAAAUAAGCUGCAGAUGCAUGGCGCCGACGCUUUGGGUUGGAUCCACCUUAUAUUUCAGUUCUGCUGGACAUAUUUAUCCCCUCCAAUAAACAAUCACUCUUCUUCUUCU